ACCGAUAGGUCGCGUCGAAUGUUUUACACGGCGUCAAAAUUUUGUUUCAUGUGCUACUUACCUACUACAAGAAUUUUUGAUAUUCUAUUAACGUAAAAUGAUUAUUUGCAGAGCCCAGAGGCAAUAUUUCAUUUAGCACGUGUUCAUUCAUUAUUUAGUGAUCGUUUUUAGAUUUGUACAUUUGGACCUUUAUUGUGUUUCUGAUAACGCAUUUUUGAAACAAUGGGACGAAGAAGCAAAGUAAAUAUAAAUAAAUCUAAAAAGGCACAAUUAAUGAACAAAAUAUUAAAAUUGAGAAAGGCGGGACUAGCCUAUGAAAACAGUAAUGGCACUGAUAGAAAAAGUGAGUCAGUGGUCGAGAAUCAAAAAGAGAAUGAUGAAUGUUGGACCUGAAGAAACAGGUUUAGAACAGUCAAAUAACGAGAUCAUUGUUGUAGUGGAACCGCUUGGUGAUGACAGAUUUAAAAAGCAAGAGCUAAAAGUACAUAUUGAUCCUCCUGAACCAUACAGAAUUAAACCACAAGACGUUAAAAUACAACUUAUCGAAACACCUGUGAGCAAUGGUGAUCAGCAAAAUAUAGAAGCCCCAGAAUGUUCUUCAAUUAAUAGGUAUGGUGAUGACCAGCAAAAUAUAGAAGUAGAAAAAAAUGCUCCCAUUAAAAGGUCGUGUAAUUCAGCAAAUCAGCAAAAUGAAGAAGUAAAAAAAACUGCUGCAACUGUAACUACCAGGUCUGGAGGUGGUUGGAAAAAUGAGAGAAAAUUGAGUAAAUGGAGAAAAAAGAAAUCAUGGAAAAAGUCUAAGAGUCGUGUUGGUGAUCUGAAAAAAGUAAAAAUAGAAGUCUCUCAACCAAUAGGAAGUCGUGGUGAUGAUCAGCAAAAUGUAGAAACAGAAGUCCCUCGACCGAUAAAAAGCCCGGAAAUUGAAUAUGUCAAGAUAAAGACAGAAGUAAUUGAACCUGCUUCUGAAAGCCCAACGUGUGAAAAUGAAGUGUUAAUGACCGAAGCAAUUGAACCAGCGAAAAGUAUAUAUUAUGAAGCGACUACGGAAGAUCCUUUAAACUGUGACAGGACCAGCAACAGUAUGGCGGAGUUGGAGAAAUUCAAAAGGCGGUUAAUCCGCACGGUGGCCAGGCUCCGACAGCAGAAGAUACCAGAGAACGAGCUGUGGGGACAGUUGCAGAAGAAUACUAAGUGUGAUUGCCAGUGGAUGUGGAACCGUAUGAGAUCGUUAACAAUAAAGCGAUUAAAGCGCUUACUCUUAGCGGUGGAUCGGCAGGAAAACAUCACGGCGGUAGCUCGCAUGAAGCUCACAGACUGGAUGAUGUUAGAUUUCAUACUUGUACACGAGAAAGUCGACCUUACCGGAGCGAAUCUAAACCUUAAGUCUGAGCCAUUGUCUCUAUUGGAGCUGUUCUCCCUGGUGCAGCGGUUCGGCGUGGAGGGACGGUCUGGAGACGAGCUCGCCUCCGCCUGGACCGCUGCCACAGUUUACUACAAUAGCCAAGGGCGCCAGUGCUCGCCGAUGUUGCUGCAGCGCCGGUGGUAUCAAAUGAAGGAGCAUACGCGGAACAGAUUUUACAAUUUCUGGUUUACUUAUCGCGGAAACGCAAAAUAUCUGAGCGAAGCCCGCGCGCAACACGAUCCAACUAAAUUACAAAUGGCGAUUGCGAAACGAUACCCCCAUAUAAUUACCAUGCCGUUUCUUCCAUGGGAGGAAUUAAUAGAAAAACGGCUUGCCAUAUUACCAGAAGAAUUUGAAGAAAAAAUGAGAACACUACAUAAAGCUUCAGAUCUUCCCAAACCCUGUAAUGAAAAUACACCAGGUUUCGUAAUAGUCGAACCAGAAAUGGAAGUGAUAGAUCUUGAGGUAAAUUCCGAAUCAGAAACUGAAUAUGAUGAACAGGAUAUGGUCACAGAAGCGCAAAAAAUGUUGAGCACGACUGAUAUAGAUGGCAAGUCACAUAACUCUAACUCAACUGUUGCAGCAACUGAAUUUAAUUUUGCUAAGACUUCAACAUCUCAAUUAACGAGCGUUAAAUUAGAAGUACAAGAAAUAACUACAGAGGAAGCAGAUGAUUCCAAUUGCGAAGAUUUGGCGACAACUAUUAUACCUAUUCAUGAUAAUGCAAUCGGUGACAUUAGCACUUGCAUUGAAGAUCCUCAAGGUGUUCAUGAAAUAAUCAGUGAAGAACAACAAACCACAGUGGAAUCUUGUACAGAUAAUUAUCUAACUGGUGACGUAAAAAUUAGUAAUCAAUUAUUUAGUGAAAAAGAACAGUCUACAAUGAAAUGUUUCACAAAUAAUUGCUCAGUUAGUGAUCUAGAAAGAGUUUCUGAAAUAAUCAAUAAAGAAAAACAAGUCACAGCUAAAUAUCUUACAAAUCCGACUGGUGUCAAUGUGUUAGAAAUUAAAAGUGAACCACUUAGUAACGAAAUUCGUACAAAUCCACUAGAACCGAUAAUUAUGCCUUUAAUCACAAAUGUUUUUGGAAAUGUUUAUGUUGAAAAUGAAGUAUUACCUAAAAUAGCUGAUAUUUUAUUAGAAAAUUGUAAAGAUGCAUCUGUUGUGACGGAAGAUACUGUAAAAGUAUCCGAUAUUAAAGCAAUAAAAGAACCAACAUUAAUUGAGGUAGAGAAAAUAGUAAAGAAUGAAAUAGAGGAAAUGGAUAUAGAAGAAAAUAUUAUAAGUAAUAGUGACGUUGAAGAGAUCCUGAAUACUCCUAUUGUGAAAGAUAGAAUAAAUAUCAAAAAAGAAGUAGAUAAUUGUGAAGAUACGCUGAUAAAUACAAAAUUAAAGGAUAACGUUGCAGAAUUGGCCGAUAAUGGUGUCCCGUUAUUUGAUGAUAAUGAAAAUAUAGAUACUCAUAUCAUACCACUAUCUCUUAAUAACGAAGAGAAAGAAACUGCAAAAUUUGACCUAAAACUUCUAAUGAAACCUGUGGUAUAUACAACAAAAUUAGAUGAUAUGCAUUAUUUUAGUUAUAAUGAAUUUGUACAUGUCAAAUAUAUAACAAAUAUAAAUGACAUUAUUAUAAAAAGUAAACCUAUUAGUAAAAGGUCGAUCGAUAAUUCCCUAAAACAAAAUCCCAUUGAUUCCAAGUUUGACCUAGAAGAUGAGUAUAUGAAUGAUGAUUUAUUCGAUAAUAAUUCUUUAGGUAAUGAAAGCUCUUUAUCAAGUGAAAGUGAAAAUAAUGAAGUACCAGAACAAAUUAAAGUUAGCAUGUCAAGUGCUUUAUUGCAGAAACCACGCAUUCGUACCUAUAAUUUCAUAAACCUCUGCAAAAAUCCUGAUUUUAAUACUAGAUUAAAAAGGUUAACUCUAGGAUUUUUAAGCUCUACACGUAACAGGCAGUUAAUAAAGACUUGUAAACCAAUGACUAUAGAUGUAAACAAAGAUUUCGAAUCUAAACUUAUAAAUAAUACUUUGUUUUUAAAAUCAUGUUCAGUGCCAAACAAUGAUAAACCAGUAAGUGAUAUUUCAAUGGAAACUAGUAAUUUAGAUGAGCAAACUACAACUAUUGUCCCUUCUGCUAUGUCUGUUCAGAGUCUUAUAAAUAACACGAAAAUUAAUAUGCAAGAUUUGUUACCAAUAUCACAUCCAAAUGUGAAUAGCGGAGCAAAUAAAUUGCAUAGACAAGAAAUUUGUAAAAAUCAACAAGAUUUAUGUAAAAGAAAGAAAAUUAUUAAAUUGUCCGAUAUCGAUACGGCAAUAGUAACGCCGAUUCAUAUUAGAGAAGAUAAUGAAGAAAAUGAAAUGGUUCCAAUUCAAAUUGGCUCCCAAAGUGUCCAAAUAAGUUCAACAGAAAGUCAGCGAAAUCAUGUUCCUACUAUUACACAAUCUAUUAUCGAUGGUUUCAAUACAGCUGAAGAUUCUGACCAUCGAAAUAGCAAUAUUGAUGCAGGAACUAUUUGCAUUGACUUUCCACCAAAAGAACGAAGACCUACUAAUUCAAAUUUGAUCAAAGAAAAUAGCAGUAUAAAAGAAAACACAUUAAAUGCGACAAAGAAAGGAAAACCUAUCGAAAAACCUAUUUGGACACCAAGAUUUGCAGCUUCAAUUAACUGGUACAAAAAACAAAAUACAAAACAGCAAGAGUCGCAAACUCUUCUAACUGUGGAUACACUUAAUAAAAUGUUUAAUGUAAUUUGCCCUGAUAGAGAUACAACUACUAAAAAGUAUAAAAAAAAUAGUAAAAAAAUUUCUAAAGCUUUUAAAAAUCAACAAACGGAAUUGCAACAGAAGUUAGAUGAAUUUGAAAAAAUUUCAAACAGUAAAAGAUUAAAUGCAAUUAAUAAAGAUGAGAAUAAUCUUUCAAAUGCUAUCAAAAAAGAUGGUACUAUCGAUAGUCACAUGUCGGCUACAAAAUUACCAACAUUUGGAAUACAGUUAAAACCGAAACAGUCUUUAAUGGUUAUCGACUGUAAUAAAAAUUGCUGUUGGGCUCGUCAGAAAAUAAACGAAGUUCACUUAAAAUCUAUUCAAAAACAUAACCAUCCAUUAAAUCAAUGUACCUGUUGUUGCAAUAAGGAUUUGGACGACUUUUUAAUUAAAAAAAGAAAAUCUACUACUUCUGAAUCUGCAGUUCUCUAUGACGAUGAUGAUUCAAGCCCGAAAAAAAUAAGUAAAAGCGUUGCUCAAAAGUUAACCCCUGAUCUAUGUACAUCUUCAUCUAUUGAAGUGAAAUAUAAAGACUCCUCGAAGUUACUUCCAGUGUCUGAUAUUAUAGAUGUCGACAAUUAUAAUAUAGAGAGCUCUGUAAAACAUAAUUCGAUUCAACCAUUACCUAAUCAUGUUCCACUUCAUGUGUCAAAACUUCCGUUUACUCUUAUAAGGAGGUCUAAAAAUAAAUUAGUACCUGGACAUGAAUGUAUUUUUAAUAAAGGGCCAAAUAAAAUACCAACACUACCGCUUUAUAAUUUAAAAAAACAAAUGGUUAUUAAUGGACAAGGACUACAAGACCCACAAUUUCCGAGUUCAGUGACUUUUAAUAAUAAAGUUGUGUUUAUCAACAGUAAACAUGAAAAAGGAAAAAGGAAACGGAAACAACGAGUGGUUCUUACUGAUUCAUUUGAUGUUAGCGAUAAGCUACCAGAGCAGGUAGACGAUAGCCAUUAUAAUUCAUCUGAUGAUGAACCACUCGCAAAUAAAUCGAAACAAGUGAGAAGAGAGGAUACGAAAAACAAUAGUGCGAAUGUUGAAAGUGAAGCAUUUGGCAUUUAUAAUGAAAAUCGUAGUAUAAAUACAACGCAAACUUACAACUUAGUGAACGAGUUACCCAAUGAAAGAAUAGUGAACAGUCUGGAAUCAGAAUCGCACCCAUCCAUUUCUUUAAUAUCUGAAGUCGAUACGUUGCAUGAUGACUGUAUUCUAGGCGUUUGAAAUAUAAUUUAUAUAGUGUAAAGAGCAGGAUCCACAAUUUAAAGCAUCGACAAUAUUACUAAUGAUUUUUUUGUUUCUAUAAACUUUGGUAACAUUGUUGAGGUGAACAUCAUGUUUAUAGGUAUAUACAUCAUAAAUAUACAAGUAGUAGGUAUAACGUACUCUCUACAUUGUCUUUCUUAACGAUUGUAUCAGAUAUAUGUUUACUUUUGGCGUUUAUUUAUAAUUGUAUUAUUGUAUAUUAUUUUGUGAUCUUGUUAUAAAUGAUGAGACCCCAAUACAGUAUCAAUAUAACUUUAUUUUGUCCCCGGCUUCGCACGGGUGGACAUUUUUACAACAUACAAAAAAAGUGGUUAUUGUAACAUAACGAUAAUAGUUGGACAUAUAGUAUCAUUUACACCUUGAGUUACGUGACUAAAGUUUUAGUAGGGAUCCAUAAUCUUUUCUAGCAAUAAAUAUAGUCUAUGUUAUUCAGGGUGAAUGUAGCUUUCUAAUGGUAAAAGAAUUUUUGAAAUAGGCAAAGUAGUUUUUGAGUUUAUUCAUUACAAACAUACACACAAAAAUACAAAUCUUUCCUAUUUAUAAUAUUAGUGUAGAUGAAUACUGGUAAAGAGGAUGGUAUAAAUAUUUAUAUUCUGUUUACACUCUUCAUUAUUCUGACUUACAAAAUUUAUUUAUUGUUCUAUGGAUAUAAAUAUCAUCGUUGAUUUUACAUUUGUACCAAGAUCUAGCUAGAACUAAUUAUUUUAUGUACAAGUAAACACAUUCGCGUGCGUGUACCUCAACUGCCUAUUACUAUGUACUUAAUUAUCUUAUUAGUAAUGGUUUCUCUUUAUCGAGAUAUAAUUUAAGUUAUAGUCAAGUUAAUAACUGUAUAUAAUUAUGAUAGUAUAAGAUCUUUGUGAUUUAAUAUGUAAGUAGGUGGUAGGUAGAUAUUAAAUAAACAAGGAGAAUAUGAAGAUAUUUCGGAAUUGAUUGUUUACAUCUAUGCCAAAUAAUUUGUUUAAUAACACGAUUUGUUUUAUUCAAGAAAAUGUUCUAUGUGCUCUAAUAUGGAUACUUUAAAAAUUUUGUAAUUGAAAAUUCCUAAACAUUAGGUAAACAAAUUAAUUGUACGAAUAACGUAAGAGAGUUUGUUUUAAAAACUUGAUACGGACAAGACUUAUUUAGUUGAUAUUAAUGUGAUUUAUGAUUUGUGAUUUAUUUAUGUUAAAAGUAGUAUAAACUGUGUUGAAUAUGCAUAAUUUACCAAACAAUUUUAAUGUUUAACAUUUAAAUUGAGCGGUGAUCAUUUUGAUUACCUAUUACCUUAAUUAUUUCAUAUAAUUUUUUUGUUUAUCCAUUGUAAGCAACGCUCAACCUAAGUGCCCGAUAUUAUAGUUAAAUAAUAUUGCAUAUUUUUGACGACUUAAAAUUUUAUUCAUUAUGCGAUCACUUACCUAAAAUUCUGUCGGCUAUUUUGAAAGAUGUUUAAAUAAAAACAAAGUGCGCCAUUUUUUUUAGUGUUGCAAGUAAUUAUAUUAAAAAUUUCCCAGAUCAA